AUGCCGGAGAAGUUCCUGGAAAUGUUGCAGCCCUUCAGGCGUGGAAUUUCUGGAGGGAUUUUCCAACAAAGAGCCUUGACAAAGCCAACGUUUAUCAACUCACUGCUUGGACAUCCCAUAUUUCAGAAUUUACACGUAAAAGUUGGAGACAAAGCUGAACUUAGCAAGGCUUUUACACAGAAUGAUGUAGUUACUUUUUCUUGUUUAACAGGGGACACAAAUCCUUUGCAUUUAAAUGAAGAGUUUGCAAAGAAGUCUAGGUUUGGGAGAACUGUUGUCCAUGGAGUUCUGAUCAAUGGACUUAUUUCUGCAGUUCUGGGUACAAAAAUGCCUGGUCAAGGAUGUAUAUUUCUUUCCCAGGAGAUUCGUUUUCCAGCUCCUUUGUAUGUUGGUGAAGAAGUCACAGCUGCAGCGGAAGUGAAACGACUGAAGGGUUCUGUUGCACACAUUUCUGUAUCAUGUCAGGUCAGAGAAAGUGGAAAAACUGUAAUGGAAGGAAUGGUGAAAGUCAUGGUGCCAGAGAGUUAGGGCUGUUCAUCAUGUGCAACUUCAGUAUAAAGGCCAGAACCAAUGUA